AUGCAUCUGAACUCCUCUAAUGACAACCGGACCGGCUCUGUGUUUACCUCCAAACUGACCCCUGCUGCUGACAUAUGUGUGGGACUGGCCAUCCUCUCUGUCGUUCUGCUCUCUAUUCUGGGCAAUGGGCUGGUUCUGGUGAUCUGUUACCGCAGGAGGAAGAAGAUGGUAGGCUCUGAGCUGCUGUGCGUCAACCUGGCCGUGGUCGACUUCCUGUGCUGCAUCUGCUUCUACCCACUCUCCAUCUUGUCGUCCUUCCGCCAUGCAUGGCUGGGAGAAAACAUCACAUGUGUUUACUACGGCCUCGGCUGCUACAUCUUCGGCCUGUGCGGCAUGUUCACCAUCACCGCCAUCAGUAUCAUCCGUUACCUGAAGACAUGCUACAGCUUGGUUUAUGCUGUGUGGCUGGAAGGAGCCAACCUCCACUUAGCAUGCUGUGCCAUCUGGCUCGUGGCAGCUGUGUGGUCCAGCUUCCCUCUGUUCGGCUGGGGCGAGUAUGUCCCUGAGCCCUACGGACUGUCCUGCACCAUCGCCUGGAGGGGUUAUCAUACGUCAGCGAAGGACGCCUUCUACGUUAUCUGCUCCUUCGCCUGCUUCACCCUAGUGCCUGUCAUGUUCAUCGUGGUGUCCCAGUGUCAGAUCCUCUACAAGGUGUCCCGCUUCUCAUACUCGCUGUCAGCAAGAGGCAUCCGCAACAACCUGCGCAACACUGAGAAACGACUAUCUAUGAUGUUCUUCUGCAUCAGCCUGGGAUUUGUGAUUGCUUGGGCCCCGUACGCUGUUGUGUCCUUCCUGUUCAUUUUCCAUAAGGAGAACAGGUACAUGGCUCCCGAGGGUUUUGUUUUCCCGGCCCUCUUUGCCAAAAGCUCCCACAUCUACAAUCCGUUCAUCUACUUUUACUUCAACAAGACUUUCCAGCGGGAGCUGGGCUGCCUUGUUCUCUCCUUCUGUCCAAAGCUGGGGGGGAAUCGAGUAGGCGUCACUGCCACAGGCAACCAAGCCCCAUAUCCCAUCCACAUCCAGCUCCAAGAAAGAAGCUGUGUCCAAAAACCAUUUGGUAUGUCUCAGGAAAGAAUUGACAAGAAGAGCAAGAGCAAAGGCAAAGGCAUGCACAGCAGCAGCAACCGCUUCAGUAAGCCGGUUUACACCUGCUGGGCGUCCUCACCUAAGAACAGUCCCAUCAUCUUGGACAGUAAACCAACUAGAGAGUCCCUGCCUGUCUCAUUAUGA